CAUCACGCUGAUGACGUGUGCAUAAUGAAUAAAGUCAAUGAAGGAGAAGAAGCCCUUGGCGUAAGCAAGCGCGAUUCUGCAGUCCUGGAAGAGAUGAGUGAAACCACAUUCGAAGAUGCACUAACCGAGACCCGAGAAGGUGGGCAUCAUGCUGAGGAGUUCUCUACGGCCACUGCUGCCAUUUUGGCUCUUGCACAACCCACAACCUCAGCUGUUGACGGGGUGAAUUACGUAGACACUGCUGUGGAUGGGUACAAAGUGCAGAGGCCGAAGUCCCAGCAGUGCCCGACCGUCCGCCAGUGGGUAGAGUGCGCUUCAGCCUUGCCAGCGACAACCAGACUAGGAUGGUCACGUCGUGCAACUGCUCCGAAAACACAACUCCCUGCACUCACAUCGAGAUACGCAUUUUGCGUAUGGAUGUCAUCUGUUCUACCGACGACGUUGCCACUCGCCAAAACCAUCAGAAGUCAUUCGCCCAAUGGCUGAUGGAUGAUGAUCAUGUCGAAGAUCACCUGAUGUUCCUGAUCAGCGUCGCCUUCGCGGGCAGCAUGAUAAUGGCGCUCACGUUCGCCUGGCUCGAGGUUGACGUGGCAUUGGCGAACGUGUCCUGGCCGCUCGCCGCGCCCGUGGUCCUGUUGCUCGCCACGCAGAGCUGCUUGUGGGGCCUGGCGGCAAUCUACGCGCUUUGGCUUUACCCGAAGGCUUAUCUCCGAUGGAAGAGGGAGCCACCGCACCGACGGACUCAUUCAAGUGCCAGGCGCAGGAACCGCCGUAGGCGUCACAGAAGGCGGCGCUACAGCGAAAGAAACAGUCCGCAAAUAGUUGACCGAUGGCCACACUCUGCAAGCAGUUCAAUGCACACUCACAGCCUGCAGACAGUCUGAACUGACAAGGCCCGUUGCGUUCGUAUGCACCUUGCAGUGAACUACUGCAACGACAACAGCGUUCGAACAGGAAGCUUGAUUAAGUGUAUAUGAAGGUGCCCAGGAAAGAAAUCCUUAUGGAAGUUGUUAUCAGAGAAAUCGCGAGACAGAUAUCUCAAGACAUAUGACAUUGUUUCGAUGCAAUCUUCCUGAACAGUUUCCACAUGAAAUGUUACAUCAGAUUGAACACCCCAUUCAACCGAUGUAUAUUUGUAGGAUAGCGUAGUUUUUUUGUUAGUGCAAUAAUAAAUUAUUGAA